AUGGCGUCCCGCCCAAUCCUCCUGCGGUUUGAGAGCAGGAACGGCCAAUUUCGAUUCACGGUCAACCCGCAAGACCAUUUCCCCUCUCUCCAAGAAAAGAUCGUUGAACACCUUCCCUCAGAGGUGGACCCCUCAUCUAUUACCCUGUCUAAUAAACCGAUCGGCACUGGCGGGGAAGAGCGAGAGCUAGAAGCCUUGGCUGGAGUUGCCAUCGCGCAGGUUGGCCUCAAGCAUGGUGAUAAGCUCUUCAUCGGGUAUCAAGAACGCGCUGCUCAACAGAACGGCACCACCAAUGGACACCCACCUGCCCCCUCCGAACGUCGAUUAAAUGGUGCCCCCGUUCCUCAAAAACAGACUGUCCCGAUCCGCCCCCAGCCUACAUCGCCAACACUCAAUAUCCCAAAUCCGUGGGACGUGGUGCAACAGUCACCACUAGACGAUCUCCUCGAUAAGAGAGAUGGCAAGAUCAAGCGAAACAAGGACCAGCGAAUGUGCAAGCAUGGCCCGAAGGGAAUGUGCGACUACUGUAUGCCUCUGGAGCCUUACGAUGCCAAGUACCUCGCCGAGAAGAAGAUCAAGCACCUCUCGUUCCACUCAUACCUUCGAAAAAUCAACGCUGCAACCAACAAACCCGAGAUGAAGAGUUCAUACAUGCCGCCACUUAGCGAGCCCUACUACCGGGUACAGCGCGACUGUCCAUCUGGUCACCCUCAAUGGCCAGAGGGCAUCUGUACGAAGUGUCAGCCCAGUGCCAUCAGCCUACAGCCCCAAGAGUUCCGCAUGGUCGAUCACGUCGAAUUCUCGUCUCCCGAUUUGAUCAACUCCUUGUUGGACUUUUGGCGGAAGUCAGGUGCUCAACGACUGGGAUUCCUCUAUGGAACAUACGAAGAAUACACCGAGGUGCCUCUGGGCGUCAAGGCGGUCGUCCAGGCAAUCUACGAGCCUCCACAGAAUGGCGAGAUUGACGGUGUUACACUUCGUGAUUGGCAUAAUGAGAAGGAGGUUGACGAAGUCGCUCAGCUCUGUGGCCUGCAGAAGGUUGGAGUCAUUUUCACAGAUCUCCUCGAUGCGGGCCGUGGGGAUGGCUCUGUGGUUUGCAAACGACACAUCGAUUCAUACUACCUUUCAUCUCUCGAAAUCGCAUUCGCUUCCCGUCUUCAAGCCCAGAACCCCAAGGCCACAAAAUGGAGCCGCACAGGUCGGUUUGGCUCUGACUUUGUCACAUGUGUGCUGAGUGGAGACGAGACCGGUGCUAUUGCCGUGAGUUCCUAUCAGGCGACGGUAUCGGCAGUGGAGAUGGUUCGAGCGGACAUCGUCGAACCCUCUGCAGAACCCUCUGUCAUGCUCGUCCAGUCCGAGGAUGACGACGACGUGGGCAGCAAGACACGAUAUAUUCCCGAAGUUUUCUUCCGUCGCAUCAAUGAAUAUGGCGCAAGCGUCCAGGAGAAUGCCAAACCAAGUUUCCCCGUUGAUUACCUCCUAGUCACGCUGACACACGGUUUCCCUACCGAGUCAGCACCUCUCUUCACCAACAGCAAAUUCCCCAUCGAGAACCGCGAGGUCAUUGGCGAAAGCCAGGAACUGCGACAUGUUGCUCAAAAGUUGAUGUCACACGGCGACCCCGACAAGGCUAUUCAGGGUGUAUCCGACUUCCAUCUCCUUUGCUUCUUGCAUGGAUUGUCUACGUUCAAUAAGGAUGAGGAAGCACUCCUCGGCCGAGUUGCGACGACCCAGGCGCCCGCGGAUGGAAUGCAGCUGUUGAAUACCCCCGGCUGGGCAACCUUGAUGACAAUCCUUCAGGAGAGUGGUGAGCGCCCCCCUAAGCGCCCCUGGCCCACCGCGGCCGAGGCAUCCCGCCCGGCAUCCCAUCCUGGAAAACGGCGGGUAUAUUCACCCGCCGCCCAUCUUCCCCGAUCCGUGUCUCCCAGAUCCGACGGUGAACAGCUUGCUAAGAGGUUCAAGGGAACUAGUCUAGAGUGA